AUGGCACAAACAUCAACACCACGCUAUAUUGGCACAAUAUUGCGAUUAUUACCACAAAAACGACAGCACAUGGACGACAUGGGAGUACGCGACGCGACCGGCCAGGACGGUAUGAUGUCCAGGUGUGUGACGGUGUGUGCCAUUUCGGACCAGCCGCUGUGGUCGUCGCGUGCCCACUCGAGGAUCUGCCCACGCAGGGGCACGCCCGGUUCGCGAAUGUCCAGCACUCGCGGUAAAUCCAUAUAA